GCAAGGGGGGCAACAGAGCGGGUGAGAGAGGGACGUCCAUUUUUUUUCUCCCACCAAGCAAAAGCAUGUCAAGCAGUGGAGGCAAGGGCCAGCAACGUGGCUUUGCCUUUCGAACCAUUCGUACCAAGAAGCGAGCGCUCCGUCAGCAGCGGAAAGCAAGCGGGGCCAACAGCGGUGGUGGAGGAGGGACCAGGACUGGGACAGGGACGGGAGGAGGGGGAAGUGGUGGAGGCAACGGAAGCAGCGGUAGUGGUGGUGGUGGUGGUGGUGGUGGUGGUGGUGGUGGUGGCGGUGGCAGUGGUGGCUGUGGGAAUGGGCAAGCAAAGAACGACAUACAGAUGGCGGCACUCAAGGCAGCCUUGCCCCAUGCCUCGGCCAAGGGCUGGCUGAGAAAGCAUCCUGGCAAAAAGUUCCGCGGGUGGAAGCUGCGAUGGUUUGACCUCCGCAACGGAGAGGUCACCUACCGGACGAACAUUACCGACAAAACUCCCAUCAAGAGGUUGAGCAUGGAUAUCAUCAACGAUGUGCUUCCGGUCGAUGGUGUGCCAUCGGGUCUCAAGGACGACUCGGCUCAUUGCGCCUUCUCCAUCGCUUAUGGCGCAGGCAAGAAGUCGCGAUUCAUCACGCUCCUUGCCUCUUCCCCGCGCGAUCGCAACCUCUGGGUCAAGCGCAUCUGGGCCGCAAAGCGCAUUGCCGAGCUCGGCAUCGAACUGACCGACGUUGACGACGAGUCCAUCGACGACGCUAUUCGCAAGCGCUCGCUCGCGCGCCAGGAGGAGGCUGCUGCCCGGUCGUCGGCUCAGGCGGCGCUCGCCGCAGGCGGCUCAGCAGCUGCCGGCGGCAGCGCCGACGAGUCGGACUCGGACGAGUCGGACUCUGAAGAUUCGGACAGCGAUGAUGAGUCUGGCGGCGGCGGGCAGGUCGGGAACAGCGAGGUUGAGCUUGGCGCCGGAGCCAUCAUCGGGCCGCGCUCACUCGAGACGGUUGUCUCGCCGUCGACGCCGUCGGGCUCAUCGUCGACGCUCCACGGGGCCAUGUCGGAGAGCGAGUAUCCUGCGUCGUUUGGGGCAUGGGCAACAACGACUCGGAGUACACGUCGUCGGGCGACGAAGCCGACGAGACUGACAUUGCUACCGAGCUUCAGGUGACGGCGCGUGUGGCGGCAGCGCGGGCGACCCAGGCAGCGGCGCUCGGGGCGCUCGGUGGGGUUCCGGACCACUGCCCCGAGUCCCCGCUCGGCCUCCUCAAGCCUGCAGGCGGGUGGACGAUUGAGCCUGUGGACGAGCGGGUGUGGCGCGACAAGGCCUCGUUCAACGUGCUCGUCGAGGACGACGACGACGCUGUCGGCUGGUAUCGCGAGUACUUUGCGCACAAGGAGCACACCAACUUUGUGGGCAGCGACAAGAGCUACGGGCCGAUGGCGGUGAGUCUGGUGUGGGAGGGUGCCGGGGCGCGGACGCUGCGGGCGAUUGUGUGGGCGCGGACCGGUAACUACCGGCUCCUCUUCCCACCGCUCGACGAGGGCUCCAAGGCCGGGUCGGCCAAGGCGCAGCUGAAGGCCGUGCUCACGGCGGUCAAGCCCGAGUACGCGUCGGCGGCCAAGAAGAUGGUCAUCCUCAACCAGCAGCGGCAUGCGGCCGAGCUUGCCAAGCUCGAGGACUCGUACCUGCCGCGUAAGUACAAGUUUGGCCUGGUGUACGUCCGCGAGGGCCAGACGUGCGAGACUGAGUUCCUCGCCAACGACUACGAUCCGUCGCCAAACGGGCUGGACGCAGCCUUUGUGGCGUUUACCAAUCUCAUCGGAACGCGGGUUCCGCUCAAGGGUUGGGACGGGUACCGAGCCGGGCUCGACGUCGAUGCCGGCGGGACCGGCGACUACUCGCUCUUUGCACAGGUCCGCGGCUACGACGUCAUGUUCCACGUCGCGCCGAGCUCCCGCACGACCGCGAAAACUCGGGGCAGGAGGUGCAGCGGAAGCGGCAGAUUGGCAACGACAUUGUGGCGAUUGUGUUUACCGACGGACGAACGCCGUACUCACCGGAUGCGAUCCACUGCCAGUUCCUCCACUGCUACGCGGUGGUCCAGCCGGGCCCCAAGCCGGGGCAGUACCUGGUCCAGUUUGCGCGACAGGACUGCGUGCGGCCGUUUGGCCCGCCGACGCCGUCUGCGGUGUGGAACGCCGACGACGCCUUUGUUGACUUUCUCCUCACCAAGCUCGUCAACGCGGAGCGGGUGGCGCUCCGCUCGGGCACCACUUUCGUGGACAAGUUCAAGCGGACGCAGGAGAUCACGCUCGCCGGGCUUUACGAGAAGGCCAAGGCCAAGCCGGCCAAGGGCAAGGGGCCCAAGACGACACCGCCGCUGGAGCUCAAGCCGCGGCUGGGCAGCGGGGUGGGCGGCGGUGGCCCGCGGUCGGCCAUCCGCAUGCUCGACCACAACUAUGAGGGCUUUGCCGCGACGCGGUUCACGGCGCUCCGCGGCGCCGUCGUCGCCUUUGAUCUCUGGGGCUCGACCGCGCUGUACUCGUCGCGGGGCGCGCCGUUCCACAUCGAGAACAUCGGCGACGACGGAGCGCGCGCCAUCAUGGCGCGGACACCGAUGUCAGGCGUGACGGUCAUCGAGUCGCUCGGCCUCGUUAUCUCGCAAGUGGCCAAGUCAGGCGUCCUAGUUGUGUUUUACGUCUCGGCCAUCGGCCCGUGGCAGCCGCUGGAGAUCAAGGGCUCGAAGGGUUCGUCGCUCCACGCGUUUGGCUCGACGCGCGCGGGCGAGUUUAUCGUCUCGUCGAUCUCGUCGUCGCUGGGCAUUUUUGAGUGGAUCGAGUCGUCGUUCCACAAGACCAAGCGCGUCGAUCUCCCGUCGUCGGCGACAGUGCUCCGGUACCUGCGCCACGGCGACUGGGGGUGGGCCACGUCAAGGGCUUCUGGCUCCUCUCGGCCAAGGACAAUGGCACGUUUGCUGUGACCAAGAUCCUCAAGUUCAAGAACGUCAAACCGCGAGCGACAGCCGCCGACAUCAUCUCGCUCGGCAACGGCGAGCUCCUCUGCACAUUUGACCAGUACUCGCGGUUUGUCGAACGGUCGACUGCCCGCCGCUCGCGGCCGUACGACCUCGAGUGGAGCGGCUUUGUCAUCUCCACUGUCCACCGGGCCCCGUUUGUGCUCGGCCUCCUCUCGGGCGGGCCCGCGGGCCGCAUCGAGGUCCGCUCGGUCGACUCGGGCCUCGUCUGGUCGGUUAUUGAGCUGCCGGGCAUGGGCGCGCUCCAGCUGUACUCGACCAAGGUCGGCAUGCUCGUUGGCGUUGCCUCGGACGAGGAGACUGUCAUCUAUGACGUGGUCCAGCAGACGCAGCGUUUGGCAUCGACGCCGACGACGGCGAGAACGAUGACGAUGACGACGACGAUGACGACGGCGACGACGACGAUGACGACGAGGAGGAGGAAGAUGACUCGGCGUCGCCGGCUUCGACGCCCGUGGCUGUGGCUCCCGUGGCAGCGCCGGCGGAGCCGGCCUUGGGCGGGGCAGGUG